UGUGAUUUAACGACAGCAGCUUCCUCCCCGGUGUCUGCCUCGCCCUCGCCUGAACCACAGCACCUUUGCGCAUGAACCGUGAGCUGCACCAUGGCGCAGAGUCAACAUGAUAUAAACCACAUGUAUGCUCCAUCAUCUUACUCUUGUAGCAGGGAAAUGUACCAGGACCAAUCAACCUACCUGGCAACAUCGACCUGCCCCAUGUCCUACCAACAGCCGUCCCACUCAUACACGUCACCAAAGUCGACAGUGGACAGUGCGCUCUUAACCAUCAUGCCUGACUACAGCGGGUUCUACCAGCCAGAUUGCCAACGAGACAUCCAGGCUUUUCCUGACAGGAAAGUGUUACCAUAUUCACUGAACUCGCUGAGGCUUCCACCACCUCUGACACCUCUGAACACAAUAAGGAAUUUUACACGUGUGGGACCUGCGGCAGAGGGCCCUUGUCAACCCAAUCCCUACAACACUCCAAAUGUACCCCUGAGGCCAAUACCGAGGCCGAGAAAGUAUCCAAACCGCUCGAGCAAAACGCCUGUCCAUGAGCGACCAUACCCUUGCCCGGCAGAGAGCUGCGACAGGAGGUUCUCUCGGUCGGACGAGCUGAGCAGACACGUCAGAAUCCACACAGGGCACAAACCCUUCCCAUGUCGGGUCUGCAUGCGCAGUUUCAGUCGCAGCGACCACCUCACUACGCACAUCCGCACACACACUGGAGAAAAACCAUUUACUUGUGACCACUGUGGAAGAAAGUUCGCCAGGAGUGAUGAAAGAAGGAGACAUACGAAAACCCACUUAAGACAGAAAGAGAAAAAGUCAUCAUAAUGACCCUGGCAUAAUUGGUUUGAACAUUCAGCCACAAUGUUUCCAUGCAGUCCAAAAAUAAUUUUAUAACAUCCAAAUCACAUUCACGCUGAAUUUAGCAGACAUGGUUAACUAGGGCGACUACUGAAUGUGGAUAUAAGGUGCUGAAUGAAUAACAUAAUUACUGGACAGGGCUAUCACGUGUAUAUUAUAGACGUUAGGCAUAGAGUCAGUUAGCCAUAACUUAACUGUAAAUGUGCACAAACACUAGUGCUCAAUAUAGAACGUGUUUCAAUAGAGCAGGUUAGGAAACAGUCAUGGAGAUGCUGAAUAGCAGGCAAGGAGUAAGAUUCAACGCCAAUACUAAAGGGAAUCAGCCCGCAAGUAGAUUCUCUUUUGCCUGUGUUUAAAGAGCAGCUCAAAAAAAGAUGAUACCACAAUAGAUGAGACUGUGAUGGGCAUCCCUGCAUUUUAGCUGGAAAGGAGUGCAAUGACCAAUAUCACAGAGUCUAGAGGUCUGUUCUGUUCUGCUGAAUAUCAUCACCAUUCUGAGAGUGGGGGCUUGACUCCCAUGUGUGCAAAAACUGGAAGCUUUGUACAGUGUCUGUCAAGAGAGACAAUUAACUGAAUUGAUUAA